AUGGCACCUAACGUUCUUCUGCUUCAAGGCGGUAUCGCCCUGAUUCAUGACGCGAACAACCAUAUAGUCCCUACCAGAUCCGAUAUACUUGUAGAAGAUGGCAGGAUUAAAAGAGUUGCGCCUGAGAUUACGUCGUCCCAGGGAGUCGAAACCAUCGAUUGCACCAACAAGAUCAUCAGCCCAGGCUUCGUCGAUACCCAUCGGCAUGGUUGGCAAACGCAGCUCAAGGGCAGACAUGCCAACGAGGGACUGAUAAAAUACAUGGUUACUGGCAACUCACAGAAUUUUCAAUACUCGCCCCAAGAUGUCUUCUACGGCCAACUCGCAGGUAUGCUGGAGAGCAUAGCUGCUGGCACAACCACGGUGGUUGAUCAUGCACACAUCACCCGCUCACCGGAGCACGUCAGGUCUGCCAUUGCGGCUACUGCAUCCUCUGGCAUCCGAUCUGUAUUCUGCUACACCCCAUUGAUGCUCAUCACCCAAUUCAAUCCCCUCACCUUCAAUCCAAAUCCUUUCGAAGACUGGGUGAUGCAAACCUUUGACGAACUUGCCGACAGCGGGCCUUUUGGAGAUGGACGAGUAGCCCUCGGCUUCGCUUUCGAUUUCUGGUUUCUACCCGCGGACAUGGUCAAGGGUAUAUUUGCCAGAGUGAAUGCGAAGGGUGUCAAGACAAUUACCUGCCACGGGUCUGUAUCACUGGGGCUCAACGUGAUACAAGAAGCAUCAAAUCUCGAUCUACUGGAUGAGAAGAUCAUCAUUUCGCAUGGUGGUACAAUCUUGAAGGCUGAUGCCGAGCUCUUGAAGGCCGCUGGGGCGUUCGUCAGUUCCACUCCAAGCACCGAACUCCAGAUGGCCAUGGCGAGACCUUACUGCUUCGAUGCGUCCUUUCAAGAUGGAGGGAUAAGCGGCAAUUCGAUUGGAUUGCAGGACAACGCCGCGCUUGGCGUUGAUUGCCAUUCGUGCACUGCCGGUUCCAUCAUUUCUGAGGCAAGGCUCGGCCUGCAAGACGCGCGUAACCAUUAUAACGAAUACCAUAUGAAGCAAGACAAGAUCCCCGAACCACUUCCAGAAAGUCUCAACGUCGAGGCCGCAUUCAAUCUGGCAACGAUCAAAGGUGCAGAGGCUGUAAACAUGAGUGGCGAGAUUGGCCGCAUCGCAGAAAACUUCAAGGCAGAUCUGACCAUCUUUGAUGCUCUCAGUCCCAGCAUGGUUGGCGCGGCACAACAUGACCCAGUCGCUGCGAUUAUCCUACACUCGAGCCCGGCAGACAUCGAGACCGUCAUUGUCGAUGGUAUUGUGAGGAAGAAGGAUGGCAGGCUGUUGCCAAUACAAGUAGACAGCAAUGCGAGAGCGACCGUGGAUGGUGACACUCUGGACUGGGCCGUCAUUGCCAAAGAGAUCGUAUCGAGCAGGGCGAAGAUGCAAAAGGAGAUAGACAAGAUCGACUUUGAAGAAGCAUACGACUCAAUCAUCAAGAUGUUUCAUGUUGAUGAGAAGAAGCUGAUAGGCUAA